AUGGCUCCCAACGGCACCGUCUCGGCGAGCCUUUCUCCCUUUGGCGUCGCCAGGUCGACGGUCAACGAGAAGCCGCUCUCGGAUGAGGAAGUCCGCAAAUAUGACGACUAUUUCAAGGCCUCCAUGUACCUCUGCCUGGGAAUGAUCUAUCUGAAGGAGAACCCGCUUCUACGAGAGCCAUUGAAGCUGUCGCACAUCAAGGCACGUCUGUUGGGCCAUUGGGGUUCUGACGCUGGCCAGAGCUUCACAUACCUUCAUUUCAACCGUUUGAUCAAGAAGUAUGAUUUGGACAGCAUCUUCAUCUCCGGCCCCGGCCAUGGUGCCCCGGCCGUGCUCUCCAACGCCUACUUGGAGGGCACCUACACCGAGACGUACCCCGAUGUCACCGAGGAUGUCGAGGGAAUGCGCCGCUUCUUCAAGCAGUUCUCUUUCCCUGGCGGCAUUGGCAGCCAUGCUACUCCCGAGACUCCCGGUAGCAUUCACGAGGGCGGAGAGCUCGGUUAUGCCAUCUCUCACGCUUUCGGCGCCGUCUUUGACCAUCCCGACCUCAUUGCACUAACCAUGGUCGGCGAUGGCGAGGCUGAAACCGGCCCUCUCGCAACCAGCUGGCACAGCACCAAGUUCCUCAACCCCAUCACCGACGGCGCUGUUCUUCCCGUCUUGCACCUAAAUGGCUACAAGAUCAACAAUCCCACCGUGCUCGCCCGUAUCAGCCACGAUGAGCUCGAGAACCUCUUCCGAGGUUAUGGCUGGGAGCCGUACUUCGUCGAGGGAAGUGAUUUGGAAUCCAUGCACCAAGCCAUGGCUGGCACUCUUGAAGAGUGCGUUCUCAAGAUCCGCGGAUACCAGAAGCAAGCACGUGACAACAACGCGCCUUUCCGUCCUCGCUGGCCCAUGAUCGUUCUGCGCACUCCCAAGGGCUGGACUGGCCCGCGCAAGCUUGGUGAUCACUUCCUUGAGGGCUUCUGGCGUUCUCACCAGGUCCCCAUCACCGACGUUCACUCCAAGCCAGAGAGCCUCGCCAAGCUCGAGGAGUGGUUGCGUAGCUACAAGCCCGACAAGCUUUUCGACAAAGAGGGCAAACUGAUCGAGGAGCUCAGAGAGCUUGCUCCAGAAGGUCACAGGCGCAUGUGUGCCAACCCCGUCGCCAAUGGUGGGCUUCUGAAGCACAAGCUGAAGGUCCCCGAUUUCCGCACCUUCAAGUUCGAUGUCCUCAAGGCUGGUGUAUCCGAGGAUGGCUCCAUGAGCCGUUUCGGCACUUUCCUGCGUGAGAUUGUGCGGAACAACAUGGAUCGCUUCAGGGUCUUCGGUCCCGAUGAGACACAAUCCAACAAGCUGGACGCCAUUUACGAUGCCGGAAAGAAGGUCUGGCUUGGCGAUUACUUUGACGAGGAUGCCGAUGGCGGAAACCUGGUCUUCAAUGGCAGAGUCAUGGAGAUGCUCAGUGAGCAUACGGUUGAGGGCUGGCUGGAAGGCUACAUUCUGUCCGGCCGUCACGGCUUGAUCAACAGUUACGAGCCGUUCAUCCACAUCAUCGACUCGAUGGUCAACCAGCACUGCAAGUGGAUCGAGAAGGCUAGUGAAGUUGAGUGGCGUCAGAAGAUUGCCUCGCUCAACAUUCUCUUGACUGCUACUGUGUGGCGUCAAGAUCACAACGGCUUCACUCACCAGGAUCCUGGAUUCCUCGAUGUCGUGGCAAACAAGAGCCCCGAGGUCGUGAGAAUCUACUUGCCCCCGGAUGCCAACUGUCUGCUGAGUGUGGGAGACCACUGUCUCCGGUCAUCCAACUACGUCAACGUCAUUGUUGCCGACAAGCAGAACCACCUCCAGUACCUGGACAUGGACGCUGCCAUCGCUCACUGCACGAAGGGUCUCGGUAUCUGGGAGUGGGCCUCGACUGACGCUGGCGAAGAGCCCGACGUUGUCAUGGCUUCCUGCGGUGAUGUGCCCACGCACGAGUCUCUCGCGGCAACGGCACUCCUGCGCGAGCACCUGCCGGGCAUCAAGAUCCGGUUCGUCAACGUGGUGGACCUGUUCAAGCUGAUCCCGGCGGCGGAGCACCCGCACGGCUGCACCGACGCCGAGUUCAAGGCCAUCUUCACCGAAGACAAGCCCGUCAUCUUCAACUUCCACAGCUACCCGUGGCUGAUCCACCGCCUGACGUACAAGCGUAAGGGCCAGCACAACCUGCGCGUCGUCGGCUACCGCGAGAAGGGCAACAUCGACACGCCGCUCGAGCUGGCCAUCCGCAACGGCACCGACCGCUUCAGCCUCGCCAUCGACGCCAUCGACCGCAUGCCUCAGCUCGGUAACCGGGGCUCGGCUGCUCGUGAGCUGUUGCUGAACAGGCAGAUCGGCGCUAGGAACUACGCCUUCCACGAGGGCGUGGAUCCCGAGGACCUGAGGACCUGGAGGUGGCCCUACUAA